CCGUUUCAGUUUCCGUAAUGUUCUCAACGCGUUCAGAGGUGGUACGCACAUUAGUGCGCUUGAUGUUUAUGUGAAAUUCUAAAAAUUGAAUGAGACGGAACAUACGGUGAUCUGUGCGUGUGAAGAGUAUAGCCUAUGCUGAAAUCCGGUGAAGCGCAGAAAAUUUCCAUAGAUUUUUACAUAGAAUUUGAAUUGUGAUUUUUGUGGAUAAUAGUGUAAAAAUAUUAAAAAAUUUUGUGUUCCGAUUGAAAUUGAAGUUUAAAAAUUCGAAUUGUCAUUGAAUUUUGGACAGAUGUCUAUAGGAAAACCAGAAAUUUCGUGAUUGAAAAAAGCUGUCUGAGAUGCAUCAAACAUGAAUGAAGGUGAGUCAGCAGGAGGGGGGCAUCAACGGGCUAGCCCAGCCCCUCCUGCUGUAUCCGACCAUAGAUCAGUUUUAUCGUCUACAAAUACAACAGCAUCGGUGGCUACAACCACCUAUACGGGUAUAAUUACACCAACAACUAUAACCGUUGCCACACCUGAGGCACAUCAAGUAGUGGCCACAACGUUUGUUGAUACAUCCGUUACACCUCGCAGCUUUCAGCAAGCGUUCACACAGCAACAUUUGCCAAAAUUGCAAACACAGCAACAACAAAUUAACACAACAACAACAACAACAAGAAUAACUUCAACAAAUUUACAAAGUUCUCAAAACAAAUCGCUACAACAGAAAUUUCAACAAGUGGCGCAGGCGCAGCAAACGUCUAUGCCGCAAAAAUCACUUAUCGCGGUAACAGAAAAUACAGCGAGUGAUUUUGUUUCGUUAGCACAAAAUCCAAUUGAAAGUAUAACUGGUGCACAGAAUACGCAACGCGUUAUAACGACGGAAACGUCAGGCAGUCUUAUUAAUAGUUUUAUAUCCUCAACGAGUACGUCAAGUGUAAUUGGAGAGGCGGCGCAACAAGAUACGUACAGCGGUUCACCGCUGGCCAAGCGUCCGAAACUAGUGGGGAAUAGUAUCGGCGGUGGUAGCCUGACUGCUUCGUUGUUGCCAGCAAGUGGGAGUACGGCGGAUAACAGCAAUACGGCAGUGUCUGCACCACAGGAUAUAAAUGCGCUCAAGAAGCGCAUUGUGGAGCAAAAAUAUCUCCGUUUGCGUAGUCUUAAAGAAAGACACACAGAAAAUGUCGCCGAAUUAUUCUAUUUACAAAGCGGUGGCAACAUGAUGGACUACCCAACGUGGCGUAAGAAACCACCAACCCCACAAUUCGUCACCUUUAGCAAUGCUUAUCGUCUAGAUCAGUUAGUUAACGAGGACAAAGCUGCUGCAUUAGCACAACAGCAACAGCAACAACAACAAAAAUCAACUGAUAACAUAGCAACUAUAAUUGGUGUUGCCAGCGGCAAUCAGCAGCAGCAGCAGCAGCAACAACAAUUGCAAACACAAAAACAAACACAAGACUAUUUGACCGCAAUAACAAAUAAAACGAGUACGCAAUCUCAAAUAGCUACAGAAAUAAAUAGUAGUAAUAGUAAUAGUAGUGGUGGUAGUAAUAGCAACAGCAGCGGCAGUGGCGUUGCGCCCACAACAGCAGCUGCCACAACGAACGCUAGUAAUUUGCUCAAUGCUACAGUAGUGGCAGCAGCAACAACCACAACAACAGCGACAGCAACAACUUCAACACCUGGUAGCGCGAGUGUCAGUGGUAAUUCAACUACCACCAAUGCAAGUGGCGACGUGCUGCCACAGGGUGCUGAAAUCAAAAUUCCCGCCGUAGGUGCAACGCCUGUGGCAGUCUCCACAAAACUACCAGCAGCUGUUGUACAACUGACCCAACAAGGUGGCACACCGCUCGUACCUGCUAUCGGUAGUAGUGUUGGUGGCGGCUCACCAGCAGUUUUGCGGCGCAAUGGUAAUGGCGCCAACGCAGCUGCCUCACCCGGCGGCACAACCGGAGUUGGAAGCAGCAACUUACAGACCAACACGCCGGCGACGCCCAAUGCCGUGCUGGUGCCGGCGACUGUAAAUGGCGGCGGCGCAGUUGCAGCUGCGGCCAGCGGCAGUAGCAGUAGUGUCGCGCUAAGCGGCACCACCAGCAGCCUGAACACGCCCACUACGUCGAAUAGUGUGCAGGAGUUUUCAUUCAAAGCCAAGCAAGAGGUUUAUGUGCUCCAGCGCGUAUCCGAAUUACAGCGAGAGGGAUUAUGGACUGAGAAACGUUUGCCAAAACUGCAAGAGCCCAGCCGACCGAAGGCGCAUUGGGACUAUUUGCUGGAGGAGAUGGUCUGGUUGGCGGCGGAUUUUGCGCAAGAGCGCAAAUGGAAGAAGAAUGCGGCAAAGAAAUGCGCCAAAAUGGUGCAGAAAUACUUCCAGGACAAGGCGAAUGCAGCGCAGAAAGCGGAGAAGGCGCAAGAGGCGCAUCUGAAGCGCAUAGCCGCAUUCCUGUCGAAGGAGGUGAAAAUGUUUUGGUCCAAUGUGGAGAAAUUGGUGGAGUAUAAACACCAUACCAAGCUGGAGGAGAAGCGCAAGAAGGCGCUGGAUCAGCAUUUGAGUUUCAUUGUCGAUCAGACGGAGAAAUUCUCACAGCAAUUGGCGGAGGGCAUGAAUAAGAGCCUCAUGGAUGCAACGGCCGGUGCCAGUGGUGCGCCUAGCAUGGACUCGAGCAGAAUAUCGUCGCCCAAACGCGAGGCGACGGCGGGCAAUGGCUCCGAUGAUGAUUUCCGUCCAGAAUCCGGUUCCGAGGAUGAUGAGGAAACAAUUGCUAAAGCGGAGGAAGAGGCCGCCGACGUUAAAGAGGAAGUUGCCGCAUUGGAAAAAGAAUCCCAAAUGGAUCUAGAUGAUUUUCUCAAAGAUUUACCAAAAGGCUAUUUGGAAAAUCGUGAGAAAAUCAUGCUGGAAGAGGAAGAAGAAGAUUCCAAAAUGGCCACUAGCAGCCAAGAAGACGAUGCCGAUGAUGCCGAAUUCGAAGCGAAUGAAGAGAGCGAUGACGAUGAAAACACAAUUAGCAAACAAGAAGAAGACGAAAUGGAUAUCGAUCAUCAGAAGGAAAUCGAUGAUUUGGAAGCAGAUAAUGACUUGACGGUCGAACAAUUGCUGGCCAAAUACAAGUCCGGCAAAAUUGAUGAAYCAACAACGGCAAUGACGGCGCGCAACAAGAAGUGUACGCCGCCAGCGAAAAAACGCGCGAAAAUCGAAAUCGAUUCCGACGAUGACGAAGUGGCUGACGAUGCCAGCAGCGAUGGCACGGUCGUUGAAACGGAGAGUGAGUCGGGCGGCGAAGACACCAACGAUGAGGAGGCGCCUACGUCCAACGACGAGAGCGAAGAGAAUGAGCAGGAAGACGGUUUAAAAAGUCUGCUGGAAGAUACUGAGGGCAACAGCAAGGAUGAUAUGAUUAAAGAUGCGGCUGCUUUAGCCGAGAGCAUACAACCCAAAGGUAAUACGCUAUCAUCCACAAAUGUGGUGACGCCGGUACCAUUCCUGCUGAAGCAUUCCCUGCGCGAGUACCAGCACAUCGGYUUGGAUUGGCUGGUCACCAUGAAUGAGCGCAAACUCAACGGCAUACUCGCCGAUGAAAUGGGCUUGGGUAAGACCAUACAAACCAUUGCCUUGYUGGCGCAUUUGGCCUGUGUCAAAGGCAAUUGGGGACCACACUUGAUUGUGGUGCCGUCGUCGGUGAUGCUCAAUUGGGAGAUGGAAUUCAAGAAGUGGUGUCCGGCCUUCAAAAUACUCACCUACUAUGGCACGCAGAAAGAGCGUAAGAUGAAACGCGUCGGCUGGACGAAACCGAAUGCAUUUCAUGUUUGCAUAACGUCCUAUAAAUUGGUCGUGCAGGAUCAGCAGAGUUUUCGGCGAAAAAAAUGGAAAUAUCUGAUACUGGAUGAGGCGCAGAAUAUAAAAAAUUUCAAGUCACAACGCUGGCAACUGCUGCUGAACUUCUCCACAGAAAGACGUUUGCUGCUUACCGGCACUCCCCUACAAAACGAUUUGAUGGAACUGUGGUCGCUUAUGCAUUUCCUCAUGCCCUAUGUGUUUUCAUCGCAUCGCGAAUUCAAAGAAUGGUUCUCAAAUCCCAUGACCGGCAUGAUCGAAGGCAAUAUGGAGUACAAUGAGACACUCAUAAGUCGCCUGCACAAGGUCAUACGCCCCUUCCUGCUGCGUCGCCUCAAAAAGGAAGUCGAGAAACAAAUGCCGAAAAAAUACGAACAUGUUGUAAUGUGUCGUUUGUCCAAUCGUCAGCGCUAUUUGUACGAUGACUUUAUGAGCCGCGCAAAAACCAAGGAAACGCUGCAGACCGGCAGCCUUUUGAGCGUCAUCAAUGUGCUCAUGCAGCUGCGCAAAGUCUGUAAUCAUCCAAAUAUGUUUGAAGUGCGUCCAACAAUAUCGCCAUUUCAAAUGGAUGGCAUAACCUAUGAGGCGCCGAGAAUUGUUUACGAUCUGCUGGAAUACGAUCCAUUUACGCACGUCGAUUUGCAUGCGCUCAAUUUAUUGCUAAUCGAUUUGGAGCUCACAYUCACCGCUUACGUUUCGCACAAGUCACGCGUACUCGAAGCACCUCGUAAGCUGAUUGAGGAAAUCGACAACGCGCCCGCACCGCCGCCCCCCUGCCCGCGUGGCAAAUUCAAAUUCUACAUACGCGUACGCGAUCAACAAGUGCAGCAGAAUUUGAGCCAGCACAGCACAGCGACAGUGCGCGUCGGCGCCAGUCCCGCCAUGCGCACCGAAGGCAAUAAACUGGUGCCGUUGCGUGAGACGAACACCGCGAAUAUACGACUUGUGAAGCGCUUGAACAAUAUAAAUCCGGUGAACAUGUCCAAAAUGCCCGCACUCUCAAUGGCGCCCUCAACUUCGUCGACCACAGCGGCCAUGGCGGUAACCAACAGCACAGCUAGCGGUGGCGGCAGCAGUGGCGUGAGCGGCAUUGGUAAUAUACGCACCGCUACCGGCAUAUCCGUGACGCGUGUGCAAGUUGCACCGCCAGCGAGCGGUAAUCUGGCGCCGCCGGCAGCGAAAAUCGCCAAGCUCGUGCAACAUGGCAGCGGUAAGGAGUAUUUUAUUGUUACUUCCUCCGCUGGUAGCAGCGCUUUGAGCGACACAAUAAGCGGCAGUGGUAAUGCGGCGGGCAAUCGUUUGACGUUGGUGUGUAAGAGUGGCAGCGGACAGACAAACAUACAAGCUGUAAGCACCGCCAGAGCCAAUGUAGGCAUUAAACCGAAAGCGGAGAAAUUGUUAAGCACCAUUGCGCAGCAGGUGAAAAAUGCGACAAAUGAUGCUACAACAAUGGACGUUGACGAGCAAGAGACAACAUCAACGGAAACAUCCGAAGGCGAUCCCAUAUAUAAUAUGCAAGAGAUAUUGGAGAAGCGUAAGGAGCAGCGCAUUGCCCGUCUCAAGUUGCUAUCGACUGUUAAUCGACGACGCAUCGAGGGUGUGCCCAUCUACGGUGAGGAUUGUCGUGAUGCGCUGGUGAAAUGCGUGCAACCCAAUCAAACCUUGGAGUACACCACGUGGCAAACGCGUAGUCAUACAAAUUGUAGUACGGCCAUGGCGCGUCGCGACAGUUGGACACUCAGCAAGAUACUCAAGUCGUAUGAGAAGCGCGUCGAAGAUUUGCGACAAACAUUCGGUAAUUUCGUGAUUUACGUGCCGUCGGCUUGUGCGCCGCGCAUACGUUUCUUCGUGCAGCACCUGACAUCGGGGCGUUUGCAACGCGAGCGCGCCAUCGAACAGCGCGUCACGCAAUAUGUCUCACCGAAACUGUCAUUACUGCAUCCGGUGAUCUCGGCAAUGACCACACAAUUCCCAGAUCCGCGACUCAUACAAUACGAUUGCGGUAAAUUGCAGACACUCGAUCGGCUAUUGCGUCAGCUAAAAUCUGAGCAGCAUCGUGUGCUCAUUUUCACGCAAAUGACGAAAAUGUUGGACGUUUUGGAGGCGUUUCUCAACUACCAUGGUCACAUCUAUUUGCGUUUGGACGGUUCGACACGCGUCGAACAGCGUCAAGUGCUGAUGGAGCGUUUCAAUGGUGACAAGCGCAUAUUCUGCUUCAUCCUGUCGACACGUUCCGGUGGUGUGGGCAUAAAUUUAACCGGCGCGGAUACUGUGAUAUUUUACGAUUCCGAUUGGAAUCCAACAAUGGAUGCGCAAGCGCAAGAUCGCUGUCAUCGWAUCGGGCAAACACGCGAUGUGCACAUCUAUCGCCUGGUAUCGGAGAAAACCAUUGAGGUGAACAUACUGAAGAAGGCCAAUCAAAAGCGUAUGCUCAGCGAUAUGGCUAUCGAGGGCGGUAAUUUUACUACAACCUAUUUCAAGAGUUCCACCAUCAAGGAUCUCUUCAAUUUGGAACAAGCCGACCAAGAUGGCAGCAAUGGUAGUGCUUCUGAUGCUGCAAUUGCGAAUGGCACACGCGCUGACAAACCGUCAAGCUCUACUAGCACUGCCGCGGCGAUCGUUAGUGAACUGGGCAGUGAAAUUGAGACRGAGAAGCAGUCGUUGCGUGCGUUUGAGAGCGCYYUGGCYGCUGCCGAGGAUGAGCAGGAUGUGCAGGCCACCAAGACGGCUAAAGCCGAAGCUGCCGCCGAUUUGGCCGAGUUUGAUGAAACCAUACCCAUCGAUGAGGCGACAAUGGGAGGCGAAGGUGCCGCGACGACGGAGAUGAGUCGAGCCGAUUUGGAAAUGCAAAAUCUAGUGAAGCAGCUCUCGCCGAUCGAACGCUACGCCAUGCGUUUCGUAGAAGAAACCGGCGCCGCCUGGACGGCCGAACAAUUGCGCGCCGCCGAGGAGGAAAUCGAAGCACAAAAGCGCGAAUGGGAAGCCAAUCGUUUGGCGGCACUGCAAAAGGAAGAGGAGAUGCUGAAAAAGGAGGCUGAAGCCGAUGAAAUGCUCACCUACAAUCGCAAGGAUGCAAGCAAUCAGAUUUGGAUUUCGGAUAAUACCAUGGAACAAAUGCCGAUGUGGUGUCCACCCACGCCACCGCAAGACGACAACGACAUCUACAUCGACUACUCGUUGACAUUUAUGUACGAGAUGAAUCCAAUACCGGAGGUCGAAUUACCACCAGUCUACAUUAAGAAGGACUACAAGCGUUCGCGAUGUGAUGCCGGCUUCGCCAUGGAUGGCAGUCGUAGGCCAUUGAAAAUGCGACGUGAAGACAAUUACGUAGCGCCACGUUCACUCUUCGAUCGGCCAUCGGCGGCAAUAGCGCGCAUACGACGCGAUCUGAAGAAUCAACGUUAUCGCGGCGUAUUCAAGCCGAACGUGCAAAUACCCGGACUAAAACCACAAACACCGCAGAAGCAGCUGGUGGAACCCGAAGGCAUGGCCGAGUGGACCAUCUUCGAAGAUAUUGUAAUAUUGCAUGUACUGGUGAAUCUACAAGGGCUACCAUGCAAUUUAAUGGUGCUCUCACCGGGACACACACCAAACUGGGAUCUGGUGUCGGAAAUUGUGAAUUUCCAGGCGAAAACCUUCCGCUCGGCGAAACAAUGCCGCUGGCGCUACGAAAUGGUUAUACAGCCGCGUGAGGAGGGCAAAUUUGUAGAGAGUCCAAAGAAGCAGAAGAAAAUGAAGGCAAUGCUGAAGUCGGAAUAUCUGAAAGGACCACUGCGCUAUCUACGCACCACACAACUCUAUGCGAACGACAACAACACCAGCUUCACGAAGCUGAUGCGUUCACGUUUCGAUUGCAUCAAGGCGGCGUAUCUGAAGAAGGCGCCACCGCCCAAACGCCACUUCAGCACACCGAAUCUCAUGAAUCCCAAGCACAUGGAAGUGCUGCAGGAGUUCGGCAUCGGCAAUUACGAUCAACCGAUUUCGCCGUUGAAUAUCGCUGCCAUGAAAGCGAACAAGAUACGAGAGAAGCAGCGCAGUCAGUGUCCACCGCCGCCGCCACCGGUGCCCACGCAAGCAGUGCCCGUGCAACAACAAACAACUGCCGUGCAAAUACAGGAAAUGGUUGUGCAACAGCAGCAAAAUGUCAGCGCUGGCGGCGCGUCCACAAUGCAACAGCUGCAGAUCCAGCAUAUACCCAGCGGCAAUGUGCAGAGCGUCACCCAGCAAUCUACCGCCACCGCCAUUGUGCUACAACAUGCGGGCGCUUUACCGGUGUCGCAUCAGCAGCAAACCGCCGGCAAUGCAGCGACACAAUCACAGCAGCAGCAGCAACAACAGCAAAUCUUACGCGCCGGCAUGGGUAAUACGCAAAUCGUUAAGGCGAUAGUGGCACCACAAGCGGGUCUCCUAACGGCGGGCCAAAUGCAACAAUUAACGCAACAAGCGGCGGCGGCAGGCGCGCAACACGUACAAUUGCAGCAGCAGGGCGGUAACGUUGGCUCCUCAUCUACCGUGUCGGUCGUGUUGACCACGCCCGUGCAAACGCUAAGUUCCAGCGUACAGUCGGCGCAGCAACAUGUGCAGUCUUCCAACGCGCAAAUCGUCUCGAUUUCACCGCAAACUAUAGUCUCCAGCGGCGCAUCACAGAGCGGCGGCAGUAUCGUGCAGACAAUACCGUCACAAACGCUGCCGCAAGUGGUGUCCGUAUCGCAGCUGGCCACAGUCGGCACCGUGCUCACGACAUCGGCCAACUUACAGCCGAGCGGGACAGUGACCACAUUGAAUACGUCGGCGUUGCGCGCWCAACGCAUUGUUGCCGCCACCACUGGCGCGCUACAGGAUGUCGUGCUGCAACAGCGCAGCGGCAAUCCCAGUCCAACCAUCGUCUCCAUGUCCAAUUUGGGUCCCAGCGUAGCGGCGGCACAAUUCCAAGCUGCACAGUUACGACUCACAUCCAUGCCAGGCACCACGCAGCAGGUGACCAAGGUGCCGGUCAGCACGYUGCAGCAGAGCGCCAAACUUACAGSCAACGUGGGCGGCAAUGCACCGCCGCACAUACAACUCUAUCGCCAGCGCCAACAGCUCAAGGUGUUACAAACCACAACCGGACAAGGCRGCGGUCAAACACUCGUACAAACGGCCAGCGGUCAAACAGCGCUCGUCAAUGCCGCCGGCACCAUUAUACAAGGCAGUCUCGUACAGACCGCCGGUGGCCAGGCCACAAUGCAGGUGCAAGGACAAAAGGUCGCCGUCGCCACGGUCUCCUCAUCAAAUAUGGUGGCCGCGCCGAGUGGCGGUGUUGCUGCCUCCGUGGCCACAGUACAAGUGGCACAUCAAGGACGCACGCAAUUCAUCAAGCAGGUGGCCGGCAAGCAGACUAUUGCACGUCAAGUGGGCGACGAUAUGGUGCUGGUCAAGCGACAGGUGAUCGGCGCGCAUCAGAAGGCGCAAGUGCUGCAGCAGGGCCAAAUAUUCAAUACGACGGCCACCACUGCGCAAGGCACCACCGUACAACUGCAACAGCAACAAACACAAGGCGGUGGCGGCAGCGCGCAACAACAACUGCAAGCGCAACAACAGCAGCAGCAACAACAGGUGCAACAAGUAACGGCUCAGCAAAUAGCAACGCUGGUGAAGACCUCAUCCGGCGCCGGUAUAGUACAGCAAGGUGGCGGCGGUGUUACCGUCUCYACCGGUGGUGGCCAACAGCAAGGCACCACCGUAAAUAUGGCGUUGUCGCACCUCAAACCCGGCGGUCAGAUAAAGGUCACCACAUCCAUGGCGAAUCAGGCGCAAAUGCGUCAGUUGCACAUGCAACCGUUGAAUAUGCCACGCAAAAUCAAUCGCAUGACACAGAUCGCCACGGGCGCACAGGGUGGUCAGCAGGUGACCACUUCAGUGGGGCAGUCGUCAGCCGGCGCCACUGUGGUGCAACAGCCGAAGGGCGCUGGUGGCGUACAGACGCAAUUGGUGCACAUACAGAAUACGAAAUCGCUGCCCAGUUCGGUCACAGUGCAGCAAAUACAGCAUGUGAUGCGUCAAGGACAGCAGGGUUCGCUGGCCGCCACGGGUCUGGUGCUGAGCAAGACCAGUGUGGGACGUGUAAUACCUGUGUCGGUGGCAUCGCAGUCGAAUCAGCGCCAAACCAUUCAGGUGAGAAGAAAUGUGGUUUCCGCCGCUUCCGCGCAAGCAGCACUCGCCGCCGGCAAUCUGCGCGCCCACGUCACYAGCGGCCAAAACAUUGCCGGCACCAUAAAGGUGGGCACCGCYGGUGGCARUCAAUCGCAAACACAACAGACAAUACAUUUGAUACAACAACAAGUGGCUGCACAGCAAGGCCAGCGACAAAAUGCCAGUCCGGUGCGUCUGCAAACGGCCGGUGGCAAUUUGGUGGCAGUCGUACAACAACAAAGCAUACAACAGCAACAACAACAAGGUAUGAACACAUCCAGCAUAGCGAACUCAUCGGGUGCGGGACAAGGUGAAGUGAUGACCAUCACACAAACGAUAGCCACCUCUAGCGGUGGUGGCGGCGGCGGCUCUGGUGGUGGUCAACAGCAGCAACAACAACAACAAACCGUGCAGCAAUCGACCGCACAACAGGUGCGCACGCUGGUGAAGAAGAAGAUCAUGCAAAUACGCARCGAAAAGGAGUAAAAGUGCACCUCCGUCGUGGUUGCUUACUUUACAAAAACAAAAAUAAUAAUAAGCAAAAAACAAUGAUAGGCAAAAACAAAAUCAAAAAUGUGUGGAAAAUAGUGUCGAUUGUGAGAGUGCUUUACAAUUGCCCCGAAGAGUCCAAGAGUAU